GUUCAACAUUAUUCACAUCUACGUACAGAAUCUCUUCAUCUAGCUGUUAAUCUAGUCGACCAGUAUACAUGGAGACAGAAUAGUCUGCUGGCAACUGAAUAUCAACUAAUUGGAAUUACAGCAAUAUUUAUUGCAGCUAAAUUUGUUGAACGGUUUCCACCGUCAACAAAAGCAUUGUGUUAUCUAACUGAGGGUACAUACAAGGCUAAACAG